AUGUCUUGGUUUCAGUCUCUGAGGGAUGACUUCACUCUGAAGCCGUUUGAGACUCUGCAGACACACAGUGACAGUGCCGCCAUGGCAUCAGGACCUCCAGAUGUGAUGGAGCCUGCUGAGGUGGGAGAAGAGUGCUCAGGAAAGAAAAAGUCCAAGUUCCAGACAUUUAAAAAAUUCUUCGCCAGGAAGAAGAGAAAGGAGCCGUCAUCCUCCGGAGCAGACGCGGGGCUCAAAGCCAGCCAAUCAAGCGACAAUGUCAGCAAAACAUCAGAAAAUAACACACUCACUCGGGCGGAGAAGGAUAAGGGCUCUGGGUCAAAGAUCAGCCUGGGCAGCAAGGCCUUGUCACAUGACUCCGUCUUUGUUUCUGACUCAUCGGAGGCCAAUGAGGCUCUGGGGGCGUCUCAGGACAGCAUUCAUGGGAAAGUGAAAUCACUACAGCUCCAGCUGAAGCAAGCCAUCAAAAUAGGCUCUCCUCCAUCCCUGAUGUGUGUGAAGAAGACAGAAGAUGCUGGAACCAUGUCAGAGGAUGAUGGUCUACCCUGCAGUCCACCUGAAUACACAACGCAUCACACAGUCCAGAAUCAGGCUCAGAGGAACAGCUCCAUCAGUCUGGAGGUAACAGACAGCGAUGAGGACCAGCUGUCCUGCACUGCCUCCAGCAGAGCAGUGAGCCCCCUGGUGGUGGUUCCAGGGGACUUCAGUCAGCCGGCCAGUCCCUUCGGCUGUCUGGAUAACUCUGCCGCCAAACACAAGAUGGGCCUGAGAAACAAAGCCUGCAACAAGAGGAAACCUGUAAGUAAGCUGGGGGUCAAAGCAGAGGGAGACCCUGUGGUGAAAGAGAUUCUGAACACCUCCUUCCCAGACUCUCCAGAGGAGAAAGAAGAACAGGACAAGAGAGAUGCAGGUGAGGAUGAGCUAAAACUGAAGGUGGAGAGGGAAGAAGAAGACGAAGAAGAGGAGAAAGAGCAACCACAGCAUUCCAAAGAAACUGUGUUGAGAGAUAAGGAGGAGUGGGAGGAGGGAGAGGAUGAGUCGGAAGCUGAACAGGAUGUUUCUCAGGGCAUGGACGCUUCCUUUCCCCCUGAGCAGUGUCUCUCAGAGGAGGAAGCUGCAGACGCCCAGCCCUCCUCCAAGCGUGCCUCCUCUCUGGCGAGUCCCAGAGCCACGCCAGAGCCCCCUGCUGGCCAAAGAGAGUACCUGCUGGACACUCUGGAUGUUGAAACAGAGGAGAAAAGGAAUGAUGAGAACCCAACACUGGGUGGAGAAGAAGAAGAAGAAGUUGAUGAACCUGGGGAGGAGGGGGGCUCCUUCUUACAGGAGGUGCUGAGCUCCUUGAAGACACCACUUCAAACUUCCUCAUUAGGUGCGGAGACCGAAGCUGUCCUGGAGAUCGAGGAGGAGGAGGAGGAGGAAAAAGGAGAAGCCGAUUUAGAAGAAGGAGAAGAGGUGAUGGAAGAGGAUGCAGAGGAGGAAGAGCCUGUCAGUUAUCAGGCGGCUCCCUCUGGCUCGCUCCUGUUGAGCCAGACCGCCAAGGAAGAAGAGGAGGAAGCUGUCACUCUGAGUGUGAGCACGAGCACUCCUACCUGUCAAGAUUUUGAAGAAGAGGAUAAAGAUCAGGAGAAAAGGGAGGAGGAGGAAGUAGAAGAACUUGAGGUGGAGCGGUUCAGUCAACCCAGUCAGGAGGAGGAAGAACAGAAAGAGGAGGAUGAGGAAGUCCAACCUCAGGAUGAAAAUGACUUGCUUCAAAGAAAAACAGACCUACAGGUGGAGGAGGAAGAAGAUGAUCAGAGUGAAGGAGAGGAGGAAGCAAUAGAGCUGGAGAAGGAGCCAGAGGUGGAGGAGGAGGGGUGGGAGAAGAAAGAAGAGGAUGAUGUGGAGGUGGAGGUGAAGAAAGAGAAGGAGAGGGUCGAGGAGGCGGAGGAGGCAGGAGAAGAAGAGGAAGAGAGUGACGACGCAGAAGAGGCAGUGGAGAUUUUUCCUGAUGCAGCAGGUGGAGAGGUUCACAGUGUCGCUUCAGGGCAGGAGGCAGAUGAAGGUGUAGAUGUUGCUGUCGGAGACGAAACGGUCUGCGUCGCACAAUGCACAGAUGAUAAUGAUGAUAUACCAGCACAUCAGGCUGAUCAAGAGUCUGCCACCGUGCAUGAGAGCCAAACAGCCUCCAACCAAAACUCUGAAGAUGAAAUGAGUGAUGGAGAAGAGAGAGUGGAGGAAGGCGUAGAGAUCGAGCACAAGGAACCAAAAUCAGACCAAGAGGAAGCCAUGGAAGCAAACCAAGCUGAUGUCGAUGAAACAGAACCAGAUCUGGAGCAGGAAAGUGUAGAAGUAUCUGUCUUCAAGCAAAAAGAUCAAACAGAAGUGAGCCAAUCAGCCACUAAAGAAGUUUCCUCAAAGCCUAUGUCUUUGUGUCUUCAGGAGUCCAAUUUUGAAACUCAGUCAGAGGAGAGUAAGACCAGCCCUGCCACCACCACCCUCCACAUAAACCUGUACUCUCCCAGCUCAGAGAAAGGCACAUUUUCCUUUAAGCAGUCCCCAACUGCUGCUGAUCCCGAAGUCUCAGAGUCACCUUCUGAUGCUGGAGAAGCAACAGAGCAAAUCACAGCAUCCACAGAUGAAGAAUCACCUGACAGAGUGGAGGAAGAAGAAAAAGAAGAACAGCAAGGAAAACAAUCCUCUAAGAGAGACGCUUCACCUCAUGUGUCAGCAGAGGAAACGGAGGAAAGGUCCGGCGGUUCAGAUCAAAGCAAAGUCCGCUUCACCAUCAACUCCGCCUGGCAGAGAUCACUCUCUAUCGAAGACAGCGAGAGACCCCUCUCCUCUUCAUCGUCCAGCGCCGCAGGAUCAGGAGGUGUUGAUGUGGCGUCUACAGCCAAGAAAGACCCUCAAGCGGAUGCGGAGCCAGAGAGUUCAGCUAAGCCCGAAUUGGUGUUGAGUCCUGGUAGAGCGAGGAAUGCAGGAAUCACCAUUGCCAAACCGCAGAGCAAUGCAUCACAGACCCCCGCCAAACCCCCGGCCCCAGCUGCCACGACCACAGAAGAGACCUCUGUGGCAGCGGAGGGAAACCCCGACAAUCCGUUUGGAGUGCGGCUUAGGAAGACGGUCGCUCUGCACCGUUUCAGCUCUGAGGAGGAAAACUCAGAGCCUCCCGUCGAGCCACCAGCUCAGCCAACCAGCUGUAAAGUUGAGUCAACGCAGCCAAUCAGUGCUAAGCCCUCCAUAAGUCAGCCUAUCAGCAACAAGCCUGCGCUCCCUAAGAAACCAGAAGUACACGGAGACAGUGGAGUGAAAACCAAGCGUGUCUCAGACCCACCUCCAGUUCGUGGUGUUUCUGGUGGAUCUAAUUCUCCUAGCUGGAUCACUAUGGCCAAACAGAAACAGAGGAUCUAUAAGGAAAACUCUCUGGAAGAGAUUACUGUCAAGAAGGAGGAACAAGAGAGGAAGUCUUCGCUGCCAAUGUACGUCAGCUCAGCUGCAAGCAGGGAACAGAGCCACAAAACUUCUGAAUCCACUGGCAAAGUGAGUUCGUUGGAGACCAGUAAGUUUUCAGUGUCUGUAGAAAAGGAGACCAGGAGGGCUCUCUCCCCUCCGACUCCAGUGCCAGCCCAACCUCCAAAACCCCAGUCGCUGCCCUGCCCUGUCCCUCCAAAACCUCAGCCUCCCCCUGCCUCUGCCAAACCCGCACCCCAGCCUACCCCAGCCCAACGAUCCUUUUCCCCACCUACUCCAGUUCCUGUUCCCCAAAAGCCUCUGUCUUGCACAAGCCCACCAUCUCUCUCCAAACCUGCCCCCUCAUCCAAGCCAGUGCAGGCCCAGAGCACAACAGUCACCUCGCCUCCUUUCUCAUCGAGAACCGCCUCACCACAGUCUGGCUCGAGAGCUCCAGCACUUUCUGGCCAGACACCGUCCACCCAGCGAAGCCUCCCUUCCUCAGAUUCGCCACAGGACGAGCCGCCAUGGAUGGCCCUGGCCAAGAAGAAGGCCAAAGCUUGGAGCGAGAUGCCUCAGAUAGUCCAGUGAUGGGCGCAAAGUGGUGAGGAAGGUCUAGUGAGGAAGGUCAGUGUACACACUGUAUACACUCUAGGAAGGUCAGUGUAUACACUGGCCCAAUGUGGCUCAAAAAGGCCCAAUGGGGUCAGAUCUGAAAGGAGAUUGGAGUGAUGCCCAAGUGGGCCAAGACUCUGGAUGGACCCGAAUGCAUUUGCACACAAAGAGAUGUUGUUGUUUUUUUGUCGUUUUCUUACUUCCUGGUUUCUAUUCUGGCUUGAGGCUUCGGAUUGGUACAAACUCACCAAUCAGACAGCCAAAAUCGGGCUCAGUUUAACCCCCUCCUCCUUUAUACAUCCUCAUUUUGAACAGUUUGCCAUUUUUUCUAAUCGGCAGGUCAAGACCCAUAAAAAUUAAUGACUUACUUGAGGUUGGAUUCACACAUUUCUACAAUUUUAGUAUAUAAUAAGGUGCCUGAAUGAGAGACAGGUUAAGUAACACACUUAAUAUCACUUAACAUUUCACAAAGAAAAAGAAGCAGACGCUAUUUCAUAAAGAAGAUACUUUAUUUACAUUAAAUUGGUUAAGGAUGAGGAUAAAAAGGCGAAGGAAAUCUUGAAGUUAGAGAUGCAUUGUUUUGUCUUAAGAAUGAGUGACUGUCCGUCAGUCUCAGUGUGUAUGUGUGUUUAUUUUAUGGCAGUGAUUCACGCUCACACUUUGAGCAAUGUGGACGAUAUUAUCUCUCAGGAGAGUAAAAAUGGGACAACAUCCAAGUUAAGCUGAAGAGAAAUGUGCUGGAGUUCAGGUGCAAAUUUGCUGAUCCACAUUUACUCAAACUGCUGUCUGUGUAUCAAGUUCUUUAGACAAAUAUAUUUCUCCUUACAUGAACUGCAGACACUAAACUAAUGAUGUUCAACGUGUUUGUGAGUGCUGAGUGUGUCGAACAUCUUUCAGGUUGUCGGUGUAAAUUAUAUUUUUAAUUUUCUUUCGAUAUUUUGCAUAAAUAACAGAUUAUCUGUCAGCAUCCUACAGAAAUCUAUGAUCUCCAAACUAUCAUCACACUGACUUAAGUCUCCUUUUUAAAUGUUUUUUUUUACCCGCAUCAUCAUGUUUGCAGCCUGAUCCAGGUUGUUAUAAAUGAUUUUUACAACAACCAAACAUGUAAAUGAGACAGAAAUGGAUACACAGCUAUAGUAAUCAGUCAUCAGGAGAUUGGUUUGCUGCAGGAUGCAAAGCGUCACUAAAGGAAAAGCGAGUUUCACAAUUGAAAGUUGACUUUGUAUCAAAUAAAUCUUAUCUAUCACACAGUAACUAUAUAUGUUUUAUGCAUUUGUUUUAUUUUGUAUUGCCUUUUGAGAAUUUGUCUUGUACAUAAAAUGUGCAGUAAAUAAC